AUGAAGCAGCAGCACCAAGCAACACGGUGCCAUCUCCUCUCCCGGACCGCCUCCCGCAACGACGCGGCGGAGGCAAUGGCGCCGGCGAUCACCAAGGGCUGCGCGACGUUCUGGGUCGCGGAGAACAAGGGUCGGGACCAGCCGCUGCGGCGGUUCGCGGUGCCGGUGGCGCUGCUGGGGCACCCGCGGAUCCUGGAGCUGCUCGGGGAGGCGCGGGAGGAGUACGGGUACUCGCACCAGGGCGCCGUCGUCGUCCCCUGCGGCGCCGAGCGAUUCCAGAGGGCGGUGGACGCGGCGAGGGCAGAUAACAGGCAACACCACCACCAUCAUCACUUCGGCCUUCCUCACCUUGCCGGGUGCUUUAAGCCCUCGCAUGUUGUUGCUUAG